CUUUAGAAAAUGAUCCAUCACUGUUUGUGGGCUACAGGUAGUGUUUGUUUUUUUUUUGACUGAGGGUUAUUAGUACCCCCUCAUUGCCCAAAGACACGCCCACCUAAGCCCCCCUCUGACUACCGAGGCAAAUAUGGUCGGGUGCACCAGAGUACAGGGACCCCCUCCCUCGUCUGAUCCGCUCCUGACGCACAUUAACCUUUAUACGUUAUGUGACUACGCGGAUAGAGGUUGAGUAUCAGAAACUUCGGAGGAAAAACAGAAGUUGUGGAUAUUAUCGUCCACCAUGGCUUCCACGCCCUCCGCCUCUGCCCUGUCUGCUGUUCUCCGGUGUCGGGGAAAUAUCUGGACCAGGAAUCCGCCGACCAAGCGGCCUGCCACCUCUGCGUACAGCCUCAGCGGGUCACCGGCUGAGCGUGCCCGGUCAAACCAGGCGACAGCGUGGGAGGCUUUCCUGCAAGGAGACCGCGUCCUGGUGGGAAGAAGAUUGGCUGUUGCGUACGAGUCGCCCCGAUGGGAUGGUAGAGUGUUGAGAGAAAAACACUGCAGGGAAAACAACAACUUAUGUCACCAGAAACUUUCGCAAUCUGCAGGGGACGCGCGCUCGGCUGCGCCUGGUGUCCAAAACGCGCUGGUGCGUCAGCUGGUACGCAGACUGACUGGAAGAGACAAAUGCUCUCAAAUUAUCCAAAAAAUUAAACACGAAACAGGUGCUACACACAUCUGUAAAAUAGUAUUUGGUCAGGAGACCAGUGAAGUCCCAGCUGGCGUUUUGAAAGUGUCCCUAACGUCCUCGUGUUUAGCGGGAAAGGCAGGAGAAAAACCGUCCUACGUGUUACCUGGUUGGUCAACACUGAGGAGCACCUGCGUGUCUCUGACCGCUCUGGUGUCAGAGCUGAUGUUGCAGAAGCUGGUGGAGCUGUGGAGGUCCUGCAGCAGCCCUGAUGAUGCGCCACAGCAUCAAGACACGACAGACAAUGUCCUGAAGGCAAAUCGACAAAUCCACAGGCCCACCGACCUCAGCUCCGCCAAGGAAAACUCUGGACAAAUGAUCCCAAAGGACAGACCUGACUGAGAGUCCAAGGCCUCAGCACUAAAAAUAAACACUGUGAUCUAACCUUAUUUAUUGACUUUACUUGGAUUUCACAAUACACAAUGCACGCUGGACUUCAGCCUGGUGACACAAGAAAACAAGUGGUUGUCUGUAGAGUUUUUUUUUUUUUUUUGCUUUGAUGAAAAGUAAG